ACAAUUUACUGAAUCAUUUGAUCUUGUAUUUAAAACUUGAUUUACCAAAUAACACGGAGGAAUGCAUAAACAGUAGAUAUAAGGUGAUUCUUUACGAAUUGCGAACGUUUAAAAUAUUAAAAUGUAAAGAAUAUACACGUGGGAAUAAUGGAAUAUUAAAGGAAAUUGAUGUGCAAUAUAUUUGAAUAUAUAUACUUUUCAAUAAGUAAAUUUAUUUUGUUUGAAUAAAUGUUAAAAUGAAAUUAAUUGGCAGCAUAUCAUUAGCUCUAGUAAUGUAUCACGUGGCUGUUGCGCAUGCGCGUGUGGACUGUACUCAGAAAUCCUAUGAUGGCCGUAAAACAACGAGCGGAAAGCUGUUUUGUGGACCAUACUAUUACGAGUGCGGGGACAAUGUCGGAAACGGCUGUUGCAGCUUGGUCAUGGUGUCUCCUCUACAACUGACGCUUGUCAUCCUUGGGCCGGCAUCGCUACUGUGCUCCAUAGCCUUUCUCGCCUUCAUUAUCAAGGUGGUUCUGCAGACGCGCCACGAAGAUGAUGGUGUAGACACCUCAGCCGAAGUCAAAGUGUUCUAACUAACUACUAGCGAUUUUCGAUAUAGACCUUAUUAACCGAAGGGGGUAUAAGCUGAAAUAGAAUGUGUAUGUGCACUGUAUGAAAAGGAAUGGGUGGAAUUUCGGAAAAAAUCCUUAGAAGACAUCACCCGUUUGAUUGUACAUUUUUGCAAAGUGUAUAACUUUUUUUUUUUAAAUACUUCAUUCCUGAGAUAUAUCUAAAAAUGUGGUACAGCAGUAAUAUUGGUAUCAAAAGUGAAAUAAUCGUGAGGUUGCGACAUAUGUAAGAUACUGUACAUGUGAACUAUCGUUCUACGUUCCUACUCAAACCUGUGUGUAACCUGGUAUCGUUAGAAACGGUUAAUGAUAAAUUAUACACACACUUUGAUGACGUGGUUUUCAAAAAGUAGUUCAUGCAUACACGUAUUGUUUUGCAACCUCACUAUUAAUUUUGUUGUGAUUUUGACCUAGGUUAUAUCUUAUUAGUGUAUGUGUAUUUUAUGUAAAGGACUUUCAAUAUAUAUGUGAUAGUUAUAUGGCAACAUAUUGUGUAAUAUUCUGUAUAAAAGUAUGUUAGGCUAUAAUAUUAAAGAUUAGUAGCGAAGCAACAUACCUAAUGAUAUAUGGCUUUUUUCCUUAAAGAAAUUAUUCAGAAAAUGCGCACAAUGGGAUAUGUUUCAAACAGUGCUUUGAUAAUUGAAAUGUGAAUGAUUUAAUAUAACUAUUUCAUUAUUGAAAAGAAACAACAAUACAUAGAAGGAAUUUCGCUGUUGCUGUUGUAUUUGUUGGUGUUAAGGGAUAUUUGAUUUGCUUGUUUGGGAUAAUGAAUUGUUCGGAUUGAUCACUUUAGACAACCCUAGCUAAAAUAAAAGCAACAUAUAUCAUCGCUUGUAAUUGCAUAUAUAAGUGUGGUUUAUUAGGAUAUAAGGCGCCACUUUCAAUGGGCUCUUGUUGGUCCUUUAAUAUAUUGUAUAUGUGUGUAACCAUUACAGCAUACUUAGACAUGUUUUAAAUAUAAAAUCAAGCA